AUGUCAGAUAUUUCAGAAAGAAUUCAACAAGCACGUAGAGAUGCAGAGGUUAUGAAGGAACAAAUUAGAACCAACAGAGAAGUUAUGAAUGAUACAUCUCUCAAGGUAUUCACUCGUGAUCUUCCAAAUCUACCAAAGUUGGACAAUAAGAUCAAGAUUAGAAGAACACUCAAGGGUCAUCUUGCCAAGAUUUACGCUAUGCACUGGGCUGAAGAUUCAACUCAUUUAGUAUCUGCCUCUCAAGAUGGUAAAUUGUUGGUUUGGGAUGGUCUUACUACCAACAAAGUACACGCUAUUCCAUUGAGAUCAUCAUGGGUUAUGACUUGUGCCUAUUCACCGACUGCCAAUUUUGUAGCAUGUGGUGGUUUAGAUAAUAUUUGUUCGAUUUAUAAUCUCCGUAGUAGAGAAGUCCCAAUCAGAGUGUGCCGUGAGCUUAACUCACACACUGGUUAUUUGUCGUGCUGUAGAUUCCUUAACGAUAGACAAAUUGUAACAAGUAGUGGUGAUAUGUCAUGUAUUUUGUGGGAUAUUGAGAAUGGUACAAAGAUUACCGAGUUUUCUGAUCACAACGGUGACGUCAUGAGCGUUUCCGUGUCACCAGACAAGAACUACUUCAUUUCCGGUGCCUGUGAUGCUACCGCUAAAUUGUGGGAUAUCCGUGGUGGUAAAUGUGUCCAAACCUUCACUGGUCACGAUGCUGAUAUUAACGCCGUCCAAUACUUCCCUAAUGGACUUUCAUUUGGUACUGGUUCUGAUGAUGCCUCCUGCAGAUUGUUCGAUAUUCGUGCCGACCGUGAAUUGAUGCAAUACACCCACGACAAUAUUUUAUGUGGUAUUACCUCUGUCGGUUUUUCAAUUUCUGGUCGUUUCUUGUUUGCCGGUUACGACGACUUUUCAUGCAAUGUUUGGGAUACCCUCAAGGGUGAGCGUAUCGUAUCUCUCACCGGUCACGGUAAUCGUGUAUCUUGCUUGGGUGUUUCUGUCGACGGUAUGGCUCUUUGCACUGGUAGUUGGGACAGUCUUCUCAAGAUCUGGGCUUAA